AUUGUGCUUCCCUCAUUGUCCCCUGUGCCCAAUCCUUGGAGCUCAGUCCCCAACAUCAUUGGUGGGAGCACCUUCACCAGGUUAACUGCAGUGGUUUGAGGAAAUGGCUCAUCACCACUUUCUCCAGGGCAGGUCUGGGUGGGCAACAAAUAUUGGGCUUGCCAGUGUUUAUGGCUAUCAGUACCGCGAUACAGUGGAAAACUUUGCAUUAUAUCCAGGUAAAUCAUCCAACUAUUCCAGUCAAACUAUACACAAAUACAGUGCAAAAAGAGCCGACCAGCGAUUACCCUGUGCACUAACACUAUUCUACACAAUAGGGACAAUUUACAAUGUUACUGAAGCAAAUUAACCUUCAAGCCUGCACGUCUUUGGAAUGCGGGAGGACACCGGAGCAUCCGGGGAAAACCCACGCGGUCACGGGGAGGACGUUCAAACUCCGUUCAGACAGUACACGUAGUCAGGAUGAAACCCGGGUCUCUGGCGAUGCAAGGCAGCAACUCUACCUGAUAUAGAGGGGAUGUACAAAUCUGUAGCGCGAAUGUACAUCUGUAGACUGAGUCUAAACUCCACAGAUCAAGGGCAACGACAACGCGCGGCCGUUGCACGGACCUCCGCCCACCGCGGCAUCGGCGACAACGGGGGUGUCCGGGACUGUCGGUUCCACAGAGCCGUCGCCAUGGGAACCGCGGGCCCUGCUGCGCCGUCGCCAUGGGAACCGCGGGCCCUGAUGCGCCGUCGCCAUGGGAACCGCGGGCCCUGAUGCGCUGUCGCCAUGGGAACCGCGGGCCCUGAUGCGCCGUCGCCAUGGGAACCGCGGGCCCGGCUGCGCCAUCACCAUAGGAACGGCCCUCCGUCGCCAUGGGAUCGGGGCCCGGCCGGGCGGCGGAGCGGAGCGGCGGACAUGGAGGUCUACAAGAUGCUGUUACCCUUCGCCUUGGCUCUUUUGGUCAGGUACCAGUAUGGAUUGCCGGAGCAACCACCGGACCAGUUGAAGAUGUUCUUCAGGUUUCUGCCAGUCCUGGUCCUCAUCAUUCUGAUCCUAGAGAACCAUCGUGGAAACGACUUCUCCCUCAGACUUGUGUCAGGCAUGGGCUUCGCUGGGGCAGGUGAUGUCUGCCUCCUGUACAAAGAGCAACACCUAAACCACAGCAUCAUCUGCUUCUGGCUUGGCUACUGCAUGCUGACCGUGGCGUUCGGGCUGAAACUGGACAACGCGUUGCUGGGUGCUGCCAUCGGGGCAGUGGCGGCAGUCGCGUACCUCGUGCUGCAACCCACGGUGCGGGGGGUGAACCAGGUCAUGGCACUGGCAUACUUGCUGGCGGCGCUGCUGAUGAUCUGGAGGGCCGCGGCCUGGUGGAAGAACUCACGGCACAGGAGCAGCACGUCAGCCAUGUGUGGCACCAUCGCCCUGGCAACCUCCAACCUCAUCCUCCCCACCCACGUCUUCAAUUUCCCCGUCCCCCACAACCAAUUCCUGGUCACGUCCUUCUACUACACAGGCCAGCUGCUCAUUGCUGUAUCCUCACUCUAGCAGCCCCCACUCCCACUUGUUCAAACCAUUCCUUUUUACAUCAAUUCCCAGCCUUCCCCCUGUGGGCGCUCCAAGCUGCUCAACCCCCACCCACCAGACCCCAACCGUCAGUGUCGUGGUCACAGGUCAACCCCCCCCCCCCCCCCCCUCCCCCCUCCGUCCCACAGCCUGACUGCAAACCCAAAGCCUGAAACAGCCUCUGGGCGCACCCCCUCAGAACCCACAAAACCCCCUCAACCUCAGAACCCUGAAAACUCCUCUUCCCCUUGAGCACCUAUUCUCAAAGUGAAAUAAAGAGACCAAUGUCAAACCGAAAUGGAAUGAUACACAAAAUGUGGU